CCUCUGGACAUGACUCUCCUGGAAGGGUCCAUUGGGGUGGAGGACCUUGUGCUCCUGGAACCCCUGGAGCAGGAGUCUCUGAUCAAGAACCUCCAGCUGCGCUAUGAAAAAGGGGAGAUUUAUACCUACAUUGGGAACGUGUUGGUCUCAGUGAAUCCCUACCAACAGCUGCCCAUCUAUGGCCCAGAGUUCAUUGCCAGAUACAGGGACUAUACCUUCUACGAGCUGAAGCCCCAUGUCUAUGCACUGGCAAAUGUGGCGUACCAGUCACUGAGGGACCAGGACAAAGACCAGUGUAUCCUCAUCACGGGCGAGAGUGGAGCUGGCAAGACAGAGGCUAGUAAACUGGUGAUGAGUUACGUGGCGGCUGUCUGUGGGGAAGGGGAACGGGUGAACUCUGUGAAGGAACAACUGCUUCAGUCAAAUCCAGUGCUGGAGGCUUUUGGCAAUGCCAAGACCAUUCGCAACAACAACUCCUCUCGAUUUGGAAAAUACAUGGAUGUUGAGUUUGACUUCAAGGGAUCCCCCCUUGGUGGCGUCAUCACAAACUAUCUGCUUGAGAAAUCCCGCGUGGUGAAGCAACUUAAAGGAGAAAGGAACUUCCACAUCUUCUAUCAGCUACUGGCUGGAGCAGAUCCACAGCUGCUGAAGGCCCUGAAGCUUGAGCGGGACACAAAUGGCUAUGCCUACCUGAACCCGGGGGCAUCCAGGGUGGAUGGCAUGGACGACACUGCCAACUUCAAGGCCCUCCAGAGUGCGAUGACUGUGAUUGGGUUCUCCAAGGAGGAGAUUCGGCAGGUGCUAGAGGUGGUGGCCCUGGUGUUGAAGCUGGGGAAUGUGGAACUGGCAGACGAGUUCCAGGCCAAUGGGGUACCAGCAAGUGGCAUCCGUGAUGGGAGAGGUAUUCAAGAGAUUGGGGAAAUGGUGGGUUUGAAUUCAGUGGAACUAGAGAGAGCUUUGUGCUCAAGGACCAUGGAAACGGCCAAAGAAAAAGUGGUCACUGCACUGAAUGUCGUCCAGGCUCAGUACGCUCGGGAUGCUCUGGCUAAGAACAUCUACAGCCGCCUUUUCAACUGGCUAGUGAAUCGAAUCAAUGAGAGUAUCCAGGUGGGCACUGGGGAGAAAAGGAAGGUCAUGGGCGUCCUGGAUAUCUAUGGCUUUGAAAUAUUAGAGGAUAAUAGCUUUGAGCAAUUUGUGAUCAACUACUGCAAUGAGAAGCUACAGCAGGUGUUCAUAGAGAUAACGCUGAAAGAGGAGCAAGAGGAAUAUAAGAGAGAGGGCAUACCGUGGGUGAAGGUGGACUACUUUGAUAAUGGCAUUAUCUGUAACCUCAUUGAGCAUACUCAACGAGGCAUCCUGGCCAUGCUGGAUGAGGAGUGCCUGCGGCCUGGGGUGGUCAGUGACUCCACCUUCCUAGCAAAGCUGAACCAGGUCUUCUCCAAGCAUGGCCACUAUGAGAGCAAAGUCACCCAGAACGCCCAGCACCAGUAUGACCACAGCAUGGGCCUCAGCUGCUUCCGCAUCUGCCACUAUGCGGGCAAGGUGACCUACAAUGUGAACGGCUUCAUCGACAAGAAUAACGACCUACUCUUCCGGGACUUGUCCCAGGCCAUGUGGAAGGCCCAGCACUCCCUCCUUCGGUCCUUGUUUCCUGAGGGUGAUCCAAAGCAGGCGUCUCUCAAACGCCCCCCAACUGCUGGGGUCCAGUUCAAGGGUUCUGUGGCCAUUCUCAUGAAGAACCUGUAUUCCAAGAAACCCAACUACAUCAGGUGUAUAAAGCCCAAUGAGCAUCAGCGGCGAGGUGAGUUCUCCUCGGAGCUGGUGGCCGUCCAGGCUCGGUACUUGGGGCUGCUGGAGAAUGUGCGGGUGCGACGAGCAGGCUAUGCCUUCCGCCAGGCCUACGGGUCCUUCCUGGAAAGGUACCGAUUGCUGAGCCGGAGCAUUUGGCCUCACUGGGACGGUGGAGACCGGGAGGGGGUCGAGAAGGUCCUGGGGGAGCUGAAUAUGUCCUCAGAGGAGCUGGCCUUUGGGAAGACAAAGAUCUUCAUCAGAAGCCCCAAGACUCUUUUCUACCUGGAAGAUCAGAGGCGCCUACGAAUCCAGCAGCUGGCCACACUCAUACAGAAGACGUACCGAGGCUGGCGCUGCCGCACCCACUACCAGCUGAUGCGCAAGAGUCAGAUCCUCAUUUCCUCUUGGUUUCGGGGCAACAUGCAAAAGAAACGCUAUGGGAAGAUGAAGGCAUCAGCAUUGUUGAUCCAGGCUUUUGUGAGAGGUUGGAAGGCCCGCAAGAAUUAUCGAAAGUACUUCCGGUCAGGGGCUGCCCUCACCUUGUCAAAUUUCAUCUACAAGAGCAUAGCACGGAAAUUCCUACUGGGGCUGAAGAACAAUUUGCCGUCUACCAAUGUCUUGGACAAAAGGUGGCCAGCUGCCCCUUACAAGUACUUCAACGCAGCUAACCAGGAGCUUCAGAAGCUCUUCUACCAAUGGAAGUGCAAGAGAUUCCGGGAUCAGCUGUCCCCGAAGCAGGUAGAGGUCCUAAGGGAGAAGCUCUGUGCCAGCGAACUGUUCAAGGGCAAGAAGGCUUCAUACCCCCAGAGUGUCCCUAUUCCAUUCCACGGUGACUACAUUGGGCUGCAAGGAAACCCCAAGCUACAGAAGCUGAAGGGCAGGGAGGAAGGGCCUGUUCUGGUGGCUGAGACUGUGAUGAAGGUCAACCGUGGCAAUGGCAAGACUUCCUCUCGAAUUCUCCUUCUGACCAAGGGGCAUGUGAUUAUCUCAGACACCAAGAAUUACCAGGCCAAGGCUGUCGUGGCACUGAGCAGUGUGGCCGGGGUGUCAGUCACCAGCUUCAAGGAUGGGCUUUUUAGCUUGCAUCUGAGUGAGAUAUCAUCAGUGGGCUCCAAGGGGGACUUCCUGCUGGUCAGCGAGCAUGUGAUUGAACUGCUGACCAAAAUGUACCGGGCUGUGCUGGAUGCCACGCAGAGGCAGCUUCCAGUCACCGUGACUGAGGAGUUCUCAGUGAGGUUCAAGGAGAGCAGCUUGGCUGUCAAGGUCAUCCAGGGCCCUGGGGGUGGUGGGAAUGGCAAGCUGAGCUGCAAGAAGAAGGGGAGUCGUUGCCUGCAGGUGACUGUACCAUGA